AAGUACAGCCCACCAGAGAGCCUUCGGAGAAGAGGACAAGGGGGGGAUUGGUUUCGUAAAAUAUUUACAAUCUAUGGUUUCGUGCUGUCAUCCAUUUCUACUUUUAAAGCUGUCCGUGAUACUACGUUUUCUCUUUAAGCUGUGCCAGUAAUGGCCUUCCCCCUCCCUGUGUGCUUCAUCCUGGUGGUUCUGCUGUUGGCUGAGUCACCAGUGUGUCAGGCAGGGGACUGCAAGGGCCACAGACAGGUGUUGAGGGGACCACCAGGCUAUGUCACAGAUGGGCCAGGAAACUACUCUGUCAAUGGGAACUGCGAGUGGCUUAUCAAAGCUCCCAGCAACAGUCACCGCAUUGUCCUAAAUUUCACCUUCAUGGACACAGAGUGUACCUAUGACUACCUUUUUGUGUAUGAUGGAGACUCCUACCAGAGCCCUCUCCAAGCUAGUCUGAGCGGAAACACUCUGCCUCAACCUAUCGAGGCCAAGUCUGGAAAGAUGCUGCUUCACCUCUUCAGUGAUGCUAAUUACAACCUGCUGGGCUUUAAUGCGACCUACACCUUUUCUCUGUGCCCUGGUGCAUGUGGCGGUCAUGGCCGCUGUGAUCCCUCUACAUUAAAGUGCCACUGUCAUCAGGGUUGGGGGGGAACUGCUUGUACAACCCCUCUGUGCUCCCAGGCCUGUUCUGUGAAUGGCCAGUGUGACAAGAAAGGAGAGCGUUGUCAGUGUAACCCAGGCUUCUUGGGUCAAAGCUGCCAACUUGGUUUCCAUGACGAUAGUGGGGCUGGGCAGUGGUGGCGUGUGAGCGAGGGCAACCCCUACACACCUCCCAGGACAGGUUCUGCUGGUGUGUACCUGUCAUCCACUGGAGCCAUGUACUUGUUUGGAGGGUUUGACCUGAACAGAGCUCUAGGUGACCUGAUAAAAUAUAACUUCACAUCCAACCAGUGGGACAGCCGGUCUUAUGGUCAUUCUCCUGUGGCUCGCCACUCUCACUCUGCUGUAGAGUGGACGGGCAACAUGGUGAUCUUUGGAGGAGAGCUGGCAAAUGGUUCUUUGGCUAGUGAUGUGUGGAUGUACCGUCCACUCCAUGACGACUGGCAACAACUUGGCUUUUCAAAUUCACUUGGUGCUCCCAAAUUGGCCAAUCACGCUGCAGCUGUAGUGGACAGUUAUCUCUACGUAUUUGGAGGUCGCACUGAGGAGGAUAUGUUUUCCUCCUCUCUGUAUCGGUUCGGCCUGCACGGCUCUGGACGUUGGGAGCCCGUUCAGCCCACUGGUGGGAAGCCCCCGGCCACUGCAGGACACUCCAUGGUUUUCCACAGCCCAUCCAGGACUCUGCUGGUGUAUGGAGGCCAUCGACCGACUACUGCCAGAUUCAGUGUGAGGGUGAACAACACUGAUGUGUUCCAUGUGGACAGACGCUUUUGGACCUCCUUCCGUUCCCGUUUCCCGGCAACAGGCCCCAGAGAGAGAGCUUUUCACUCAGCCACCGUCAUUGGCAACUACAUGGUGGUCUAUGGAGGUAAUGUCCAUAUUCACUACCAAGAGGAGAAGUGCUAUGAUGAGGAGAUCUUCUUUUACCACCUGGGCUGUCACCAGUGGGUGUCUGCUGGGGAGAGAUGGUCACUCAGAGGCGAUGCUGUGAGAGGGCGUUACUCGCAUGUUGCUGCUGUGAUGGAGGGACAAGUGCUGCUGGUUGGGGGUUACAGUGGUGUUGCCCGUGGAGACCUGGUGGCUUACAAAGUACCACAGUUUGUCAGUAGUGAUCAAGGGGACAGGGAUGCUGUUUGUGCUGAGGCGCUUGAUGAAAGUAUGUGCCUAAAAAAUCCUGAGUGCAGCUGGUGUGAAGGCCGCUGUCGAGAGUCCCAGCCCACUUAUCCGUGUGGCAGCACUGGUUGCCUGGGCCUGGCGCGUUUCCUGUCUGAUUGCCAGUCCUGUCUGGUGUUCAGUGGCACUCCAGCCUCUGGCAGCCAGAAUGAGUCCUGCCUGCCAGUGUCAGAGCGAAGUGCGUGCCGUGUGGACCAGAUCUCAGGCGCGUACGGCUGGUGGGGGAGCGUACUUUUCCUAACCUCCCUCCACUCCUGUCGCACCGAGAACUAUGUCCCGGGACUGCACCUGCUCACCUUCCAGCACCCGCGCAACGACUCCCAGCCUGACAAGGUGUCCAUCCUCCGCAGCACCACCAUCAUCCUCAGUCCCACCACAGAAAUGGACGUAGCCUUACAGUUCAGGGGCUUCAUCCACCCGCUGUGGGGCGCCCCUCCGCCUGCACCUCCUCCCAUAGACACUGUCUCCAUGUGGGCUCGCAUUCAGAGGCUCCACUUUGAGGCCCGAAUGGCGACAGGGCCUAACUCGAGUCAACUGGUAAGGGAAAACCUGGUGCUCUGCCCUGAGGGAGAGAAGGGGGAAGGCAAUGGAGAGAGUCAACGCCAUCUGCUGUUGGCACCGCAACACUGCACCUUGUGUGAAGAAUACAGAGACUGCUCUGCUUGUACCCAGGACCCUUAUUGUGAGUGGCAGAUAAACUCCAGCAAGAAAGGAGACUACCAGUGUAGUCGUCGAGGAAGACUAGAUGGUUCCAUACGUGACCCAGGAGGGUGUCCUAAAGUCUGCAACCAGAGAAAGACUUGUGGUGAGUGCCUUUCUAACUCCAGCCAGUGUGCAUGGUGUGAGUGCCAGGCCUGCUUCUAUUUCGCUGCCUACCUCACAAAAUACCCCUACGGAGAGUGCAGGGACUGGUACGACAGUGUUCAUUCGGUUCCCCAGUGUAAGCAAUGUUCAGCUCUAAGCACGUGCACAGACUGCCUGCGGACGUUCCAGUGUGGCUGGUGCGGUGAUUAUAACAACCCACUAUUGGAAAGUAAAUGUUUGAGGGGAGACUGGGCAGGAAUGGACGACUCGUUGGUUUAUAACUGUAGUGUUGCUGUUGCUGAAGCUCGGGCUGCAAACCCUGAGCCCCAGACCUCGGCCCCGCCUCGACCCCUGGACAUGGAGAUGGAGCUGGAGCACUUGGAAGACGAGGAGCAAGACGCCAUCUGGUCCUACCCCACCUGCCCUGAUGUAGAGGAAUGCAGGCUGGGCCUCCACAACUGUCACCCCUACGCCACCUGUAUCAACACUCCCACCUCCUAUGAGUGCCACUGCGAGAGAGGAUACACGGGGGAUGGCACUCUGCACUGUAACCAGACGUGCUACAAUGAGUGUCGUGAGGGCCAGUGCAGUGGUAGCCCACGGUUUGAGUGUGAAUGCUCACUGGGGUGGACAUCUGACCCUGCUACUCUGGUUCUCAGUGGUGUUGAGUGUGAUGUGGAUUGCGGAUGCAACUUCCAUUCCACCUGCAUUACAGCACCAGGGAUCUGUGACGAAUGCCAGGAUUGGACUACAGGCCCCCACUGUGAGCACUGCAGGCCCGGUAGCUUUGGUUUAGCCCUGUCUGGUGGAGGGGGGUGUGUGCAGUGUGAGUGUAACGGCCACGGCGACCCUCUACGAGGAUACUGUCACAACCUUACAGGCCAGUGCUACUGUACCCACAAUACUCAUGGACCACACUGCGAGUCUUGCCUGCCUGGCUACUAUGGAGACCCUAGGAACAAUGGCACAUGUUACCGGCAGUGUCAGGGCCGUUCGGUACUGCUCUCCUCCACCUCUACCAAUGCCAUUCCUCUGUCCUCUUCUCUGGGAUGGCGAAGUGGCACAGAAGGUAAAGGAGGACUUUCUCAUUGCCUGUGGGUCCUCUCUGUGACUGAGAACCUGGCACCUUGUCUGCCCAGACAACUGUGUCCCCCGAUAGCUCUCACACUACAUCCAGACUCCCACACCCGUUGUGAAAGCUCCUAUGUCUAUGUGUUUGAUGGCCUUCCUCGUUUCCUCAGCAACGGCGUUGUACAUUCCGAUCACAACCUGAUUGGGGCAUUUUGUGGCACCACAAGGACUCAGCCUAUCACUGUAGAGGCCACCUCAGGUGUGAUCUCAGUUUACUUUGAGGCCAACGUCACCUCAAACAAACCUCAGGGCUUCAAUGCAUCUUUCUGGGUGCGGCGUUGUCACCACAGCUCAGAUGACGGUGAAGACGGAUCACCUGUGUGUCCAGGUGGAGCCCAGUGCCAAGGCGGCCUCUGUCAGUGUCCUCAGGGAUAUGCUGGACCGCACUGCGACCGGCCCAUGUGUCCUCAGAAUUGUGGAAUAGCAGAAGGGAGAGGGGCAUGUAAUACAUCUCUGGGAGUGUGUGUGUGCACAGACAGCUGGGCCGGCUCGGACUGCUCUGUUCCUCGGGACUCCAACAGCUUGGUAUGGGAAACACUUCUGGACACGCAACUGACCGUGAACCAGGCCCACAGGUUCCUCCACAGGAUGGGCCACACUCUGGUGUCUGGACCACAGGGCUACCUAUGGAUGUACGGAGGGCUCUCUCUGGCAGAGGGCAUUCUGGGAAAUGUCUCCAGAUAUUCUGUGUCAGAGCACCGAUGGACGCAGAUGUUGACAAGCUCUGUGGAAGAAGGCUCCACUCCAGGACCUCGCUAUCACCAUGCCUCUGCAAUGCUGACUAGUCAUGAAUCUGGCUCAGGAAGCAUCUUAGCCAGUCACAACUUCAUGUUGGUGGUGGGUGGUGUGACUCAAAAUGGUGUUGCCAUGGAUACGUGGAGUCUCAAUCUCAGCAGUUUAGUGUGGAGAGAACACAAGAGCGCACUUCUUCCACCUAUGGCUGGCCACACUUUAACUGUACGCAGAGACUCCUCUGUGCUGCUGAUUGGAGGUUACUCUCCAGAGAACGGCUUCAACCACCACCUUCUGGAGUUCAGCCCUCAUUCUGGAAACUGGACCAUAGCCCCCCAUACUGGCACACCCCCUACAGGUUUGUAUGGCCACUCAGCAGUGUACCAUGAGCAGACUGAUGCCAUCUAUGUCUUUGGAGGCUACCGCUUUCAUGUAGAGACUGUGGAGCCCUCAGGAGAGCUGUACAGUCUGUACUACCCCAACCUUACCUGGUCUCUGCUGGUCCCCUCACGGGGAAACAAGCCCCUGUCCCGUUUCUUCCACGCUGCAGCGCUGAUCAAAGACACCAUGGUCAUUGUUGGGGGAAGGACAGAAGCCGAAGACUACAGUAACUCAGUGUCUCUGUACCAAAUCAACUGUAACACCUGGAUACAACCAGCCUCAGCGAUAGGAGAUCCAGUAAAUCGUUCUUUGUCUCUUGCCAUGACGAGCUGGGGGGGUCGUCUCUUUCUGUCAGGAGGCUUCAAUGGCGUCACGCUGGGCAGACUCCUAACCCUGACUGUUCCCUCUGACCCCUGUGCCCUCAUGCAAACACCGGAGGCCUGCAACGCCACUACAGGCAGCUGCCUCUGGUGCAGGGGAACCUGUGCAUCUUCUGAUACUGCUGAGAGAAUGGGCUGUUUCACUGGCCAGUUUCCUUGCUCUCCGACCCCUCGUCAGCCAGACCAGUGCCGCAGACUUAAGACCUGCAGUGAAUGCCUCGCCAGACACCCUAAAACAUUCUCCAAUCCAACUCAGCCUGCUCUACAGUGUAAGUGGUGCACAAAUUGUCCAGAAGGGGCCUGCAUCAGCAGCUCUGUCAGCUGUACGUCUGAACAUGACUGCCGGAUCAACCAGAGAGAGAUCUUCCUGUCCAGCAACUGCACUGAGACCAGCUGCGAGGCUUCUGACUGCCCUAAGUGUACAGCAUCUGGAAAAUGCAUGUGGACUCGCCAAUUCAAACGCACAGGUGAAACAAGGCGCAUACUGAGUGUGAACCCCACCUAUGACUGGACAUGUUUCAGCUACGCCUUGCUCAACGUCUCCCCCAUGCAGGUGGAGUCGUCCCCCCCAAUGCCAUGCCCUCCACCCUGCCACAGUCUCCAUAACUGCAGCCUCUGUCUGGGCUCGCGAGGCUCUGAUGGGGGCUGGCAGCACUGUGUGUGGAGCAUGGCUUUGCAGCAGUGCAUGAGCCCCUCUUUCAUGCCCCUGCGAUGUGAGGCGGGUCAGUGUGGCCGCCUGCUCUCUGGGGGGGACUCCUGCUCCCCGCAGUGCUCUCAGCUCAGCCAGUGCUCCCAGUGCAUUGCAAGGCCUCAGUGUGGUUGGUGUGCUUCUCGUGGAGGAAAUGGGGCUGGUCGCUGUCUGCAGGGAGGACUUGAUGGUGUGAGUGAGGGUGUUUGCCCACUGAGAAACAGCAGCUGGUCCUUCCUCCACUGUCCAGAAGAAGAUGAAUGUGCCAACGGUCAUAGAAGGAAACAUGCGUUUAACUAACCCCUAAAUAUUAUUUUAUCUAAUGUAAUUCUCAUGCUUUUAUUCAGUUAUAUAACAAAAGAAGCCAGGAAAAAAUAACUAAUUCACCUAUUUAAAAAGGCCCUAGUUUCUUGCUCCAUUCUCAACCUGAUGCAUCACAACACUGCUUACCUGCUCAUUGUGGCGGAGGAGGGCAGACGAGUUUUCGGAAGGCAGUGAAACUACACUGGGGCACAGAGACUGCACCAAAGUUGUUGAGGAUUGCCGUGAGAUUUGCUGUGCUGCACCUAGGUGGGUAUAUGGUUGCACCCCCACCCCUUCCUCAGGGUAGUCUGCCUCUUCACUAGUGGCUUAAGCUCAGAUUUGUUUGUUUUUUCUGCACUAGUAUUUUUAUCGAAUUUGUAUUUUAACUUGCCUUUUAGGCCAUUUUAGAUUCUGUUACAAAAUUUAAAAAAAUCUAUUUUAAUUCCCCUUAUUAAUUUUUGUGUUAUUAUUAUAUUGUUUAACCAUUCUUCCUUCCCCACAGUUUCAGUUCACCUUAUUUUGCAUUUCUUCCUGUGAUUAAUUCAAAUACAUUCCUUAAAUUCUUACAAAAACACAGUUUUCCCAAUCUGUGUCUUACUUAUUUACAAGAGUAAUAAAUUGUGUAUUUGGGGUGUAAGCCCCCA